UUGAGUUGACGUGUGUUGUCAGAGGCGUGAGCGUGUUCGCCAUGCUGACUGGCACGCUGCCCUUCACCGUGGAGCCCUUCAACAUCAAAAAUCUGCACCACAAGAUGCUGCACGGCGACAUCGCACACAUACCCAGUGACAUCAGCAAAGGCGCUGUGACGUUCGUGCUGUCUCUGCUGGAAGCCGACCCUGAGAAAAGGCCCAGCAUCCGAGCCGCUAUGGAGUGCGCCUGGAUCAAUGAAGGCUUCGCCAAGAGCCCGCUUCUCACGCUCUUGCACAGUAACAGGAUGUGCGGCGAGGAUGUGGACGCGUCAGUGCUAGCGUACAUGACGGACAUGCUGGGCUACUCAGCCUCCGAGGUCACGCGCACACUCACCGAUAACCGGCCUUCUCCACUCAUGGCCGCUUACCACUUGCUGCUCGCCAAGAUCAAGAGGAACCCGCCAUGCGUCAAGGAGAAAAAGGCGGCAAGCAGACAUCCCAAGGAAAACAGACAAAGGGCAGAGCGGAGGCGCGGCAGGACCAGACGCCAGCAGCCGCCACGACGACACGAUCAUCACGUUGAUGACAAUGGAGCAGUGUCAUCCCCUCUCGCCCCUCUUAGACCCUCAACAUCACCAGAGGUCACUGAUCUGGAUGCCACCGCCAUCUUAAAUAAGACAGAGACUCUGCUUCUUCCUCACGUGUUGGGCUCCAAAGACCAAGUGGUCCAUCUUUCUCCUCCCAAAACAACCACGUCGCACCUGUGUGACUCCGCCCCUUGCCAUGCCCCCUCGCUUGCCAAUCCAAGAGACAGCCCAUCGGGGCCCGUCCAACUGGUGAGACAGCUCAUUGGGACCACGUUGUCGGACGGCGGCGGGGGCCCUAUUGAAGACGUCCUGAGGUUCAGCGCACCACAGAAAAGCGGCGCUUCUCCCAGAAUGCACCUGGAAACCCUGCAGAGAGCUCCGCCCACUACGCUGCCACGCAUACACAACCUUGGGUCGAAAGACGAAAGAGGCGGAAAGGUUUCAUGGGUCCCGCUGAGUCUGCCCGAGACCUCUGGAUUGCAAGUGAGUGCAUCCAAAACUCAGACUUGCCCCCCACAGAGAAACACUAUGAAGGGUGGGAAGACGACAGGAACUAAGAGGAGCUCCAUAGCCAAGUUCCGCCCGACUCCACGCCGACGGAUGACAGAACUCAAUUUUCCGUUGCUUCCUGCUGCACUGCAAUGCAAGUCAGACAGGAAACUGCGCAGUGUGGACUGCUGACAUGUCAAAGGCUUAACACAAGCAGGAAAAUUAUUCCAAAAAUUAAAAAAAUAAUAAAAACAGUUUCAAAUAUU